GUUCCGUGUCGUCGCGGAAAGCUCACUCUGGGAGGCGUUUGGGCCCGGAGAAGUGGAACGGCUGCUUACGCCGCAUGGAGUCCGAAUCGGAAACGGGGGCUGCUGCUGACACCCCCCCACUGGAAACCCUAAGCUUCCAUGGGGAUGAAGAAAUUAUCGAGGUGGUAGAACUGGAUCCCGGUCCGCCGGACCCGGCAGAUGACCUGGCCCAGGAGAUGGAAGAUGUAGACUUUGAGGAAGAGGAGGAAGAAGAGGAGGGCAACGAGGAGGGCUGGGUUCUGGAGCCCCAGGAAGGGGUGGUCGGCAGCAUGGAGGGCCCCGAUGAUAGUGAGGUCACCUUUGCACUGCACUCAGCAUCUGUGUUUUGUGUGAGCCUGGACCCCAAGACCAACACCUUGGCAGUGACAGGGGGCGAAGAUGACAAAGCCUUCGUGUGGCGGCUUAGUGACGGGGAACUGCUCUUUGAGUGCGCAGGUCAUAAAGAUUCUGUGACUUGUGCUGACUUCAGCCACGACUCCACCCUAGUGGCCACAGGAGACAUGAGUGGCCUCUUGAAAGUGUGGCAGGUGGACACCAAGGAGGAAGUCUGGUCCUUUGAAGCCGGAGACCUGGAGUGGAUGGAGUGGCACCCACGUGCACCUGUCCUCCUGGCGGGCACAGCGGAUGGCAACACCUGGAUGUGGAAGGUCCCGAAUGGAGACUGUAAGACCUUCCAGGGCCCCAACUGCCCAUCCACCUGUGGCCGCGUUCUCCCUGAUGGGAAGAGGGCUGUGGUCGGCUACGAGGAUGGCACCACCAGGAUCUGGGACCUGAAGCAGGGGAGCCCCAUCCAUGUGUUAAAAGGGACCGAGGGCCACCAGGGCCCCCUGACUUGUGUUGCCACCAACCCGGAUGGCAGCCUGAUCCUAACCGGCUCUGUGGACUGCCAGGCCAAGCUGGUCAGUGCCACCACCGGCAAGGUGGUGGGUGUUUUCCGACCCGAGACUGUGGCCUCCCAGCCCAGUGUGGCAGAGGGAGAGGAGAGCGAGUCCAACUCCGUGGAGUCCUUGGGCUUCUGCAGUGUAAUGCCUCUGGCUGCCGUGGGCUACCUGGACGGGACCUUGGCCAUCUAUGACCUGUCUACGCAGACCCUCAGGCACCAGUGCCAGCACCAGUCGGGCAUCGUGCAGCUGCUGUGGGAGGUGGGCACGGCUGUGGUCUAUACGUGCAGCCUGGAUGGUGUUGUGCGCCUGUGGGACGCCCGCACCGGCCGCCUGCUCACCGACUACCGGGGCCACACAGCUGAGAUCUUGGACUUCGCGCUCAGCAAAGACGCCUCCCUGGUGGUGACCACGUCAGGAGACCAUAAAGCAAAAGUAUUUUGUGUCCAGAGACCUGACCGCUAAAGGCUGUUGCCUCUGAAUUUGCGGCUGG